AUGUCGAGCGUCUCCCUCGUAGGCGGUGUCAGUUGUCUCCGGGCGCCCCUUCACCACACGACGGCCGACCGUCGUCUUCGUCGUGUUCAGUUCGUGCAGUCUGUUCAUGUGGAAGCGACCCAGCAGAAUGAAUCCAGCAGACGACCUCGUCGAGCCUCAGCCUCACUUCUCUUCUUAACAAAUGACAGAUUUUCCAUUCGCGAUGGCCGCCUGCGGUAG